GUGCGUGAAUGCGCCUGCCACGCUCUCAUUGACUGACAUUGGCUUUUAUGCGAUGAAUGAGGGGAGGGUGUGUGGGCAGCAGGCAACAGCGCCGCACCCCUCCUCUGCCCGUGCCCUCGGCCAUCGUCCUCGGCCUUGGGACCUUGCUGGCGGCGCUUCAUGCGUCAGAAACACAUUCCGGAAGAGUGCCCGCCGGCGUGGAAGCUGGUCCGCGCGUGGUCGCAUGCCCAGCGCCACCGCCCCUCCCCCCGCCCCCCCUCGUCUCCCUCGCUCACAUCACCCCCCAUACCCCAUUCUCGCGUACAAGGGCAGUGCUACACCCGUAGGCAUGCACAAUUGCGACUCUGCCGCUCGCGUGGCUCAGUCUAUGCGUGGUGGUGGGCUCAAUGCACCCCUCCCCAUUCCCCUCCCCAUUCCCCUCCCCAUUCCCCUCCCCAUUCCCCCUUCCCCCGCAUGCUACGUGCCGCCGCGGACGCGUCCCUCGACGCGGAAGGGCGCCCGUAGCUUGGGGGGACAUCUCUCUACCCUCCCCCUUCAUCUCGACGCGCUCCCGCGCGCUGCGCGAGCAGCAGGAGCGCGUCGAUCGCGGGCGAAAAUUUUCGCCCGCGCUUUUUUCGCGUUUUUCUCGUUUUCCUCCCCUCCCCACCUCAUUUCUCGUACAUAUACAUACAUUAUAUACAUAUUCUCUUCAUUUGCUGCUGGUCUACGCGCGAUACGCGGC